UCCGCCGCCAUUUUGCAUUGCGAUACAAGGGCGCCGUGCAGAAAUAUGCCUUCCUUUGAUAUCGACAGCGUUGGGAAAUUGUCUGCAAAAGUGCGUUUCGUGCACGAAUGCUAUCACCUAUAUCAUCUAGACUGAAAUGAGAGGAACGUUGUUGCUACUUCUUGCAACAAUUUACUUCGCGAGGACUGCAUAUGGAAGCGGGGAGCAAAAUAAUCAAACUAAGGAACACAGAAAAUUCAUGGAUGGAUGGACGUUCUUUUCACGGCGUAUGACGUAUUUUAUGCUAAGAAGAACAUACGAUGUGGCAGGAGGGCUGGAGAAUUGCAUGUGCGUCAUGGCACCCUUUUACCCGUUCGUUGACAUGCAAAACCAUAGACUAAGCACGACCUUUACUUACCAGAAUAGAAGCUCCAACGAUGCACAACUCAAUCCAGGAUCUUCUCAAGAAGCUUUCAAAUGGCCUGCCGCGAAAAUACGUAUGCAGUUUUCCAAGGCACACAUGUCCAUUUCCAAAACUGCACGUGGCUUCAAUUAUGCAAAAUCAUGGAUCCGAACAAACAAAGACUGUGCAGUUGUCGGUGUGUACGACCAGACAAUCUUGACGAGCAGCCAUUCGGUUGUUGCGCCUAACGGGACUGGCGUCGGCAUAAGACCAUUGUGUGAAGUGUGGGCAAGCGUGGUCAAGAAUACAAGGGAAAACGAACUAGAGAUGUCAUCAAAAUGGAACUUGUGCUUAGCAUAUUUCUACAGCAACUGUGACACGAGACACCUUUUCAAAGUGUAUUAUCCUGAAAAAUGUAAAAGGGGAAAGAAACGUAAUAAAACCCAUGCUGGUCCGACGUACUUUGGGAGUCGUUGUAAGUGAAACCUUGCUUCUGGAGCUUAUUGGUGGUAAUUUGCGGUAAUGUUGGAGGUGGAUGUUUAACGCUUCCAGAACAAAAAAAAAAUGAAUUGAAAAAGAAAGCUUCCAAAAAAGACGGAAUAUUGUUUUAGCUGCUCGAUUGGUUCUCAUGAUCAUAUUAAGUAAGACCACGUGCAAAAAUAUGUUCUAGCUGCCACAAGUGAGCAUCCCGUAUUACCCAUUCUCUGCUUCAUUUAUCAACCUCCUGUCUCGACUUUCUUGUGCGGUUGCGCGUGAGUACAAACCUUAGCGCUGCAGCCUCUGGAGAGUUUUCGUGGAAGGGGAGGGGAACUCACGCGUAAUAACAGUCGUGCACAGGGCAUAGUGCAG